UGCAGUAAAAAGAAGCUUCCCUGACUAAAAUAGUCUAAUGCUUCUCGCUCUUUUUCUUUUUUUUUUUUUCUUAAACAAAGAUAUAUUUUUAUUUUUCUCUCUUUUGGUGUUUUGCAUUUUGUUUUUGCAAAGGCUCGAAGAGAGAAACGAAGUCCUCGCCCCAGACAUGAAUUUGGAGAAAGAAGAAAAGAACAGAAGAUCUUCGACCCAGAAAAAUUCACCAUGAGAGCUUAUCAUUUGAGCCUCUUUUUCUUGUUACUAUCAUUGUUUACAUCAACAACAAUAAGUUCUUCUUCUUCUUCUUCUGUAACUCAAGAUUUUAUCAUUCAUAGAAGAAUUCUACACCAACCAUUGUUUCCAGUAGGUUCAGCUCCUCCUCCAGGCACUGACAAUUCUUUACCUCCGCCUCCUCCUCCGGAUAGUCCUGUUUUUCCGGAUCCAAGUCAGCCAUUCUUCCCUGAAGUUCCUUCAGGGCAGACCCCAGAUCAGAAUCAACAGACUACACCACCGGCUGCACCUACCAAUGGCUCAAUUCCAAUCCCAACAGCAACACAACCAGCCAAACCAGCUAAAAAGGUUGCAAUUGCAAUAUCUGUUGGGAUUGUCUCAUUGGGAAUGUUAUCAGGACUUGCUUUCUUUUUGUACCGGCACAGGGCUAAACACCCUGGAGAAACGCAGAAGCUUGUUGGAGGGAACUCGGAACGGUUCCAAGAAGACUCCAGGGUACCACCCUCGAGUUUUCUUUACAUUGGAACCGUGGAGCCUAAUAGGAGAUCACCGAGUGAAGUGAAUGAAGGAGCAAAUGGUUCGCCUUAUCAUAAAUUGAAUUCAGUAAAGAGAUCGGAUCGGUAUAGGCCGAGUCCAGAAUUGCAACCAUUGCCUCCAUUGGCUAAGCCUCCUACACUUGAGAAUACAACGGCUGCAAUGUCAUCUUCACCAUCUUCUUCAGAUGAAGAGAGUCAGGGGACAGCUUUUUUUACCCCUCAGGGCUCAAUCAUCAGCAACGAAGAAAGCUAUUCUACUCCGGUUGCACGUCCGAUUAAUAGCAAUUUGGUGACUCCGGUGAGGAAUGAAAUGAACGGGAAUACUAAUUCUAUUCCUCGAUCCAAAAGAACGUCUCCAAAAUCAAGGCUUUUAGCUUCUUCCCCAGAAAUGAAGCAUGCUAUUAUACCUUCAAUAAAGCAGCAGCAGCAGCAACAUUCUCCUUCUCCUCCUCCUCCACCGCCACCAUCGCUACCUCUUCAACAACCACUAGUAGUGGAGCCACAUGAGACUCAAAUAUUUACUUAUGCAAAAAGGCCAAAAUUCUCCUCCCCACCACCACCUCCAAAUAUGGCACUACUUCGAUCAAUUAGCAACAAUUCGUCUCCACAAAGAACAAAAGUUCCAAUUCCAGUUCCACCUCCACCUCCACCCCCGCCACCGCCAACACCCCCUCCACCGGAAUCAGCAGCGGUGGGACUGUCAAUACCAAGGACAGUAAGGUCUUUGGAAAGCAAUGUGUCUCCAAAACCUGCCCAAGUGUUGAAAAAGCAAGAAUCCUGGACUCCAAGUCCCAAAAAUUGUCCGGGGAGUGUGACUGGAGAAUCCACAGAAGAUGCUAAUUUUAAGGGUGCCAGUUCUUCAGAGAAGACAGAUGGGGAUGACAUGGAUAGUGCAAAGCCCAAAUUAAAGCCUUUGCACUGGGAUAAAGUACGAGCAACCUCUGAUAGAGCUACAGUGUGGGACCAGCUAAAAUCAAGCUCAUUUCAAUUGAAUGAGGACAUGAUGGAGACUCUUUUUGGCUGCAAUUCCACAAAUUCAGUACCAAAGGAACCUAUUAGAAGAUCAGUUCUGCCUCCUGUUGAGCAGGAAAACAGAGUGUUGGAUCCAAAGAAGUCACAGAACAUUGCCAUACUGUUGAGAGCAUUGAAUGUAACGCGAGAUGAGGUGUCAGAGGCUCUUUUGGAUGGUAACCCAGAAAGCUUAGGUGUUGAGCUUUUGGAGACUUUGGUAAAGAUGGCUCCAACAAAGGAGGAAGAAAUAAAACUUCGAGAAUACAGUGGGGACAUCUCGAAACUAGGAUCUGCAGAAAGAUUUCUCAAGACAGUACUCGAUACCCCCUUUGCCUUCAGAAGAGUUGAAGCCAUGCUCUAUAGAGCCAACUUUGAUACAGAAGUAAAAUAUUUAAGGAAGUCUUUUCAAACCCUUGAGGAAGCAAGUGAGGAAUUGAAGAACAGCAGGUUAUUCCUCAAACUCCUUGAAGCUGUUCUUAGGACAGGAAACAGGAUGAAUGUUGGCACCAAUCGUGGUGAUGCUAAAGCUUUUAAACUUGAUACCCUUUUGAAACUUGUUGAUAUAAAGGGAACAGAUGGGAAAACAACACUACUACACUUUGUGGUUCAGGAGAUCAUUAGAUCUGAAGGUGCUGAUACUAACUCUACAAAUAGGAAUCUUGAAAACAAAAUGUCCUCCAACAUUAAGGAGGAUGAUUUCCGGAAGCAAGGAUUGCAGGUUGUGGCUGGGCUGAGCAGAGACCUCAGCAAUGUCAAGAAGGCAGCAGGAAUGGACUCUGAUGUCCUAAGCAGUUAUGUGUCAAAGCUUGAAAUAGGACUUGAGAAGGUCAGACUGGUUUUACAAUCUGAGAAGCCAGAUAUGCAGGGGAAUUUCUUCAACUCGAUGAAGAUGUUUCUAAGAGAUGCUGAAGAGGAGAUUGCUAAGAUCAAGGCAGAUGAAAGAAAAGCUUUAUUGCUUGUGAAAGAAGUUACUGAAUACUUUCAUGGGAAUGCAGCAAAGGAAGAAGCUCAUCCUUUCAGAAUCUUCAUGAUUGUGAGGGAUUUCCUGUCAAUAUUGGAUCAUGUCUGCAAGGAAGUGGGGCGAAUGCAGGAUAGAACAAUGGUUGGUUCUGCAAGAUCGUUCCGGAUAUCUGCAACUGCUUCACUACCAGUUCUUAGCAGGUACAAUAUGAGACAAGAUGGAAGUUCUGAUGAUGAAAGCUUGUCUCCUUGAAGUUGUGUGAAUACAGGUUCUAAGAAAAUCAAAUUAGCUCAUAUUCACAUGGUAAGGCCCUUUUUCCUACUGAACCAACAGCAAACUUAUGUCUCAUUUUCCAUUACAAGCAUGCAAAAAGUAUAAUAAAGAAGAAAUGAAAGCAUAGCAUAUCAACUCAGUUUUCAGUUUACACGGAGACAUACCUGUUGGCUGAUGACGUACGCCCUUUGCCAUAAGGAGAAUCUCAUUUUGCUCAUUUUGUAUAAGAAUGGAAAGCCUUGUAGUGUCCAUGUCACAGAACAGCUGUCAUUAAAGAAGAAGAUAGAAGAAUAGACCAGAAAAGAGAAGGUAGAAUAGACCAGAGAGAAAGAGGAGUGAGAACAGAGAAUUUUGUGAUAUUUCAUUCAUGGCCUAAUUUCGUUGCUAUACUGUCCCUUUAUAAGAUUCAAUUUCAUCACAUUGCUAUUGCUUCUAAUUACAAGGGUCCAAUCAAAAUUCUUCUUCUGGUAGUUACUAGAAUUUUGAGCUAACUAAUGGAAUUCUGCCAGCUCAGCAACUGUUAUGCCGGCCAUUUGCAUUCCUGCAUCUUUCACCAACUCAGCUUCACUUUGCAUUCUCGACUCCCUUUCAUCACAAUGAUCCACCCGCCAUUUUAUCACAUUCCACAGGCCAGAAACUUUGUAACAAUAAGGAUAGAUUGUGGGAAAAUUGAAGGGUACCAUCAUCUACAUCCGGCAAUGAAGUAGAUGGCCAAAUGAAGAACAUGCUAGUCGAAAGAAACAAACAAGCAUCAUAUAUUUUUCUUUGUCUACUUCAACACACAUGCAGUAGUUAAGAUUCAGAUUUCUACUUUAGAUCAGAAUAUUCCAAUACAUUUUUGAGUAAAUGAAGAAUGUUUUUGUGAUAAAUAUAUUACUUUACGCCAUGGUUUGCAUUUAUUUGAUAAUCACUAAUAAUAUAUCUAGUAGUUUUGGAACAUUGCCUUGGUUUGAAAUUUGGAACUAUUUGUAAUUCUGUAACUCAAGUUUUGGUUUUACUAGUUGAUAUAGAAAGAUCACUUUUUGAGUAAAGCAAUAAAUGAAAUGUUCUCAGCAUGAAACUAAAACAGAAAAUGAUCACCCAGUGAAUGUUAAAAUGCCAGAAUGAAGUAAAAAAACAGUUCCAAGAUUUAAGGAAGAUUUUUGUCAUGUCACGGAUUUUGCUACAUUAGGAUAAGGUAAGAACAAAGCUUUAAAGUGAAGUAAAAAUUU